CUAAUGGGGAGCUUGUGGGGCUUGGGAAUGUUCUGCUGGUUAAAGGCUUGUCUGCUAACCUUCUCUCUGUGCGACGACUGCAGAAGAGCAAGGCCGAAGUGACCUUUGGACCAACCAGCUGCCGUGCUAAGCUUGGGAAGAAGGUGCUAUGGAGUCUGGAAGAGGAGACCAGUUGCAUCAAGGACCUGUGGCAGCUGCCCAUCAUCCCAUGGAAUGGGAAGACUCCAACAGCAGCAACGGCAGCAGCGGCAAAGGCAACAGCAGGAGGAGAUGCAACUGCACCAACUGAUGGGGUCCUGGAAGCAGUCAAGAAAGUGCAGCAGCAGCAGAGACAUGGUGAGGUGCUUGCUGGUGUGGAUGCGAGUGCGGCAUGGGCUAAGGCUUCAUCAAAGAGUGGAGAGGCCGAUUGGGAGACAUGGCAUGAGAGGCUGUGUCAUGUGAACUUCCCUAUGCUACAGAAGUUGGUAAAGGAUGGGAGCCUGAAAGGCUUGGAGGUGAAAGGGGGAGUGAAGGAGAUUGGGAGCUGCCCUACAUGCUUGGAGACCAAGUUCUCCAAGUUCCCCUUCAACAGCACUACAGGACCAGCCAAGACCCCACUUGCACUUGUGCACAUGGAUGUGAAGUUGACAGUGUCAAGGGAUGUGAAGUUUCUUGAGUCCCUGUACUACAAGGAAUGGAAGCAGCAGCAACAGAAGCUUCCAUCUACACCGCUCAUUGUGGAGGCGGAUGAGGUGCAGCGGCCUUCAAGACAGGUAGAGGUUGCAGUGUCAGAGGAGGAGAUGUCUGGGGUGACUGAGGAAGGGGGAGCAGCUGAAGUAGAGCAGCAGCAGCAGCAGCAUGAGUCUCCACCUCGAGCAAUCACUUCCAAGAUGAUCUACAGGCACAAGUAUGGACCUGAAGGGGAGCUGACCCGAUACAAGUCUAGGCUUGUGGCAAGGGGGUUUCAGCAGACAAAAGGGAAGGACUAUGAUGAGGUGUUUGCUCCUGUGGGGAAAGGAACAACACUGAGGGUGCUGUUGGCGAUAGCUGCACUCCUGGGAUGGAAGAUACGGCAGAUGGACAUUGUGACUGCCUUUCUGAAUGGGAUCAUUCUGGAGGAGGUGUAUAUGAAGCAGCCAGAGGGGCUGGAUGAUGGGAGCGGCAGGGUCUGCAGGCUGAAGAAGGCCAUCUAUGGCCUUAAGCAGGCGCCUCGUGCAUGGUAUCACAAGUUGGAGGAGGCGCUGCUGGCUGGGGGUUUCAAGAAGAAUUAUUGAACUCUUGAGAUUGAGUUAAGUUCUC